CGCGGGAAAUUCUCGACCCCAGUUGACUCCGCGCGUGACGUACGAUCCGUCAUUUCGUGAUUGCGCAUGUUCAGUCAUAGUAAUCCGUUUCGAAAUUUCGAAGCGCGCAAAUAAUGGUCAAAGAGCAACAAAAUUUUACUGAGUACUUAAUUUCUUAAUUUUACUGAGUACCUGGUUGCGAAAUACAGUAUCAACAAUGAAUUAUUUAAAGUCUCGAAGAUCAGAAAACCUACGGUUACGCGUUAACGGUUGUUACUUGGAACAAGUUAUGGAUUAUGGACACUGUACUGUUGACAGGUUUGUAUGAAGCACUGUUAUAAUUUGUACCCUGGUGAACUUGGAAGAGGUAAGUCCAUGUAAUUUUGUCUAACGGAAUUUAGAAUGAUUUCACAAUCAUGUAAAAAAGUAGCUUUCUACUUUACUUCAUUACGUGAAGCACGAAUGCAAUCGGGUAAGUAAAGAGUAUUUCCCCCAGUUGUUCUCAAUUUUGUAAUCGGUCAGUGUAAAACGCAGACUGCGGACCAGGGGUAAAAUGCAGACUGAGUAUAAAAUGCAGACUGCAGACUAAGAGUAAAACGCAGGCUGGGGUAAAAUGCAGACCGAGCAUAAACUGUAGUCGUGGAAGGGUUUAAGGGCAGAAAAAUCCCGCAAAUACAUGCAAACGAACACUUACUUGACGACAUCUGCUUUUACAAAUCCAUUCCUUUCUUCUCUGGAACAUCAUCAAUGACCCGAAAACAUAAUAGCAAUCUUGAACCUUUUUUUCCGUCCGAGAGACUUCUGAUCACUUCACGCUUCAACUUUAAAUACGAAGUUUUCGUUAUACGUGACCAGGGACCGUGAAUUGGUGCAACACCACGAUGUUUACGCUUAAAUGAAAGAUGCUGACCCAAAAUACUGUACAGGAAGAAUAUGGCGAUAAAAAAGGGAGUAAAUGAGAAAGAUGUUCUGCAGGAAAUUUGGUUGACCUUCUUAAAGUGUUGCAAAUCAAGGUACGCAGACUUAAGCUGUUCGGGUGUUCAUUGAAACUUCUGGCGAAUGUGCAGUGCACUUCGACUAGGAAGCGAAGUGUGUAACUGAUACCGGCUAGCUAUUUCACCGAUUUGGAGAAGAAGGAGCACAAAUGUUUAAAAAUGUCUAAAGCCUUUAUUCUGCAUUUUGCACCUAGCCUGCGUUUUACUCUCAGUCCGCAGUCUGCAGUCUGCAGUCCGCAGUCUGCAGUCCGCAGUCUGCGUUUUACACUGACCGAUUUUGUAAUCCACUUUUCACGCUGCAACCUUAAACAUUUUUCUUUAAAUAUAUUUGUGUUAGGCCUGUUUCAAGUAUGAUGCUACUGCUGUGCAAAACCCAAUUGAUAGAUGAAAUUUACUUUAGCGCAUCAGCGGCACAACAUUAAUUUGAAAUAAUUCAGUUCGGUAACUUGAAUUUAGUUUUACACUGCAAUAACAUUCAACAGGGUCUGCAGACUGGCAAAGAUCGGUGCCAAACAUCGCCUCAAUUCAUAAAUUAUGAAAAUGUACAUUGUGUAUAUGUUAAAGUGUUUUGACACUACAUUACUGUGCAUGACUGUGAUGUUUUCUUUAUUUUGAAUUUGGCGUGACUGAAUUAAAUUCGACGUUUGAAACCACUCCCUAGCUAUUGUUGUGCAACUGAGUGCGUAAAAUUAAUUUGAGUUUGACACAGCAGUAGCGGCAUUUGAAACAGGCCUUACUGCAUGCAAAAUCAAGCCCUUCUAUUUUCCAAUGCUGUUCAUUCCAGCAAGAUAUUGACUCUGAGAGUGAAGAGGAAGAUGUUGUUGGAGCAAGUUUUGACUGGACUGGUGACAGUACCUUACCAUUAGACGUACGUGAGUAGCAAUUUUCAGAUAUACUAGAACUCUAAAUAUAAAAAUUGUACCAGUUAUUCUAGUACUGUUGUGUGGCAAUACAACAAGUAAGGAGACCUUAAACUGAUGAGCAACAAGUUAAAAGAAUUUAAAAGCAUGGAUUUAGCGCCUUAAUUAUCUACAUUAAUAUGCUCAGGGUGCAAAGAAAGUCAGUUUCACAGCUUGCCAUUCAGUCAAGCUGUAGCUAGCAUGUAUACUAGCCCACAAGUCAUUUCAACUAGCCCCAAAACUAUUUUUGAUUAGCAGGAUUGUUUACAGUCCUUCUGUAAUUUGAAUUUCCCCAAAAUACAGCACUUGCCCUUUGGGCAAGUUAAGAACAAAAAUCACUAGUCCAAUAGCAAAAUCCACUAGCCCCAGGCUAUCGGACACGACUUUCUUUGCACACUGAUGCUUAACUUUCAUGAGGAUUUUAAGCCUUAGUGACAGUGCCUUCUACACUGUACAUUAUAUGUGCUUGCAAUUUGUGAGAAUUCAAGGCAAGACACAAAAUAUUGGGUAAUGCAUAGUUCCAGUUGUCAUGAAAAGAAACCGGGAAUAAUUUUUUUCAAUUUUGAUUUUGGGAAACUCCAGACUUAGGAUUAAUGUAGCUUGAGAAAGUGAUAACCCUACAAUGAGUAAGUUUUGUAUGACUUCCAUGCAGCAAUUACACUGUACGUUGGUUCUCAAUUCUUUUGUGUAUUUGUUUUAUAGUUAAAGCUAGAUGACGAUGUGGGGGAAGCAUCUGGAGCAUCUGCAUGUAAUACACCAUCCAAUCGACCUCUAGUAUGUAAACUUACACAUGAUCAUCAAUUUUAUUUCAAAAUGGAAAUAUAAAGGAAAACAAGUGGGAACCCUCUCUUAUGAGUUCCAAAAAUCCCCCCCUCCUCCAUGAUUUUUCUUUCAAAUGAAUUUGAAAUAAUUAGAAGACACUUCUGCAGGCACAAGAGAGGGUUCCUCUUAUAGUGUGACUACUUUUACCGGGGCCACUAAGGUAAAAUUGAAUUGCAAGAAAACAAUACAUUUCAAGCAAAAAAUGCCCAGGAGACCUGUAAUUUCUCUGACACAAGAUGUUAUUUUCACAUGUACCAGCAAUUUCUUCACUUUUAUUUGUGCGCUUUGCAAUAACAUGCAACCGCAAGUCAAAAAUAUAUAAUUAUCGUUUACAUUUUCUCACCUCCAUCCUUCACCCUUAAAUUGACCUCUUGGGAAACGUAUGCUAUCUUCAGUGGGUUCCAAAGGUCACAUCUGUCAGUUGUAAUUGGUUGAUUUUGAUCCAUGUUGUUUAUUUGGUUUCGUGGUUUGUGAUUGACAACUAAUUUUCUCGAAAUGUAUUGUGGUUUUCCUGUAAUCCGAUUGGUCAACUUUGUCUAGGGGCCCAGGUUACAAUUGUCACAGUGACUGACAAGCUAAAGUACAUUUGUAUAUUAUUUUCACAGCCAACUUUCACUGGAAGAAAUGAUAGCAAGAAGAGAGACAGGUAAGAAAGCUCAAGAAAAGGUGUGUUACUGUAUAUGAACUGAAAUAUAACUAGUAAUUUUAACCAAAAGUUAUGGAACGUGAGCAACAAAGAUUGAAGGUUAAAACACUUUUGCAGUGCUGUGCUUUGUGUAAGUCUUACUUGACAGAUGUUCAAAACAUGCAUGAUCAGAUUACGAGUGAUCGAAGGUCCAAACACCCGUGAUCAAAUUGUGUUAUGUGCAUUCCAUUCAUUCUUAGUGGAAAUCCAAAUGAAUGCUGGCUACAUACAUGUACAGUUCAUGCUACGCAUGCAUAAUAACAACCUGGGCCGGGUUGUUCGAAGUUGGGUUAAGAUAACCUACAGUUAGUGCGAAAUUUGGACUCGGAUAUGAGGGCUUAAAAAGCAAAUUCAGUUUAAUUCUCUUUGCCUACAAUUUGAUGAUUGGAUACUCUAAAAAGAAUAGAGAAAAUUAUCCAAGAGAGUUCUUUUGAUAACAAGAUAAGGAAACCCGGGUUAAAAUUUAACCCCGGGUUAGCGCUAACCGGCAUUCAAACAACUGGGCCCUGGAGAUUAGGAUUGUUGCCCACAAUGAUACAGAACACUGGAACGCUGUCUCUGUGACCUCUAAGGGACCAUGACAUUCAGGUCAUAAUAAUGAGCUGGACCUUUUAUCAACUGUAGGUUUUAUAAUAAAGUUCAGAUAUAAUACGCACUGGUUGUAACAUGAGUGUGGGCAGACUUUACCCUUUAAGGCCCAAUAUCCACAUACAAAUUCUCCAAACUGAUCUCCAUACAUCUCCUUUAAAAUUAUUAGUUGAGAGAAUUUGAUUAAAGAUCAUGGAAUUUUCUCUAUGAUGAUCAUUUUAUUAAUUCUCAUAACUUUGUCUCUUGACAGUGUAUGGAUAUUGUUAGGAGAAAAUUGUUGUUGGUCACUAUUGGGACUUAAAGGGUUAAUCAUGAAGCUCAAUGAUCUGACAUUAAUUUUGUUGACACAACCUUUUACUUCACCAGGGUAGUAAAUAAAAACCAAGUGAACUAACUCAAUAUUGAUUUUGCUCUUGUGUUAUUUUGUUUUGUUUGUUUGUUUGUUUUUAGAAUAAAAUAUAUUUUUUGUUGUCUUUAGCCAACUUUUUUAACAAAGGAACAGAGAGCAAUGGAAGCAUUGAAAAGACGACAACAGCAAGUUGAGGAACAGAAAAAAAAGACUGAGUUAAGAGGUGCAUGUUUUGUCCCUUUUUGUGACUUCCUUACAUAUGUGAAUUUCUUAAAUUUAUUUUGCACCAGACUUUGGUCGUUUAUAGAGAUGGUUGCUCAUUCAAUGGAUGUAAUUUCUUAAUCUCACUAUCUAUAGAUAGUGAGAUUAAGAAAUUACAUUCACAGCAAAUGGUGAAUCCAAUUUUAUUUGUACGUGUACCUUGUGCUUAAGUCUUAUCUUCACUAAAAAGCUUUACUGUUUAUCAUAUCUACUUAAUUAUGAGAAAUGUCAUGCCAGUUCCAUCCCUAAGAAUACAACAUAACUGUUUUGGACGGUUCCUGUUUAUUAUAGCUUAUUUCUUAAUUUGAGCAGAAAAAUUAAAAAUUUCAUACCAUCUACAUCGACUCUCAGAUGGUUCCUUUUGAGCUUUGCCUAAAUAGCAAGCUGGGAGGCAGAUAAAAUAAUUAGUUAUUUUCUUUAUAAGUUAUUAUUAUGUUUUUCACCUUCCACUUGACCAAUCAGAGCAAACAAUACUAAAGUGGAACCCCACCUUACGGCCACCUCGGUAAUAUGGUCACCUCAUUAUUACGACCACUUUUUUUGGCUGCCCGGCAAAAAUGACCGCAUACAUUUUCUUGUAAAGAAAUCCUCGUUAAUAUGGACACCUCAUUAUUACUGCCAUUUCUUUUGGCCCAUCGGUGACCAUAUUAGCGGGCUUCCACUGUACCAACCAGUUUGGAUAACUUUCGAAAACUGAAAAUUUUUUUGUGGCUUUUCAUUUCAAAACAAACAGGAGGAGCGUCAAAUGAGAGAGAAGUUUUUAAGAGAGGCACAUUAUUCAAGAGGUAAGUAUUAGAAAAACCUUUUUAAUUAGGAGAACCCAAAUCAUUUCACACUGUUUUAAUGUUUUAAAUAUCACAGCACAGAAAAGUACACAUAAUUAUUAAUGAAAACAAAGAUGAAAAGAAAAAGACGGAUUAUUUUUACAUAACUACAUAUACAACGAAUGAAACUGACAGUAACAUGAAAUAACUGAGGUUUAAUUUAGGCCUGACAUUGCUCAACUUUCAUAGUUUCUCUAGGAAAGGAAAAGAGGAACGGGUGGAUGGUUUUACUUUAAGUGGGACUUACAUGUGUAGCUUAAACAAUGCAAUUAGCGAGUUAAUAGGGUAUUAACAGGCGCAAGCCAACAAAGUUAAAUAAGGAAAAGUUUCCAUUUGUUUCAAAUAAUUACAGCAAUGUGCUACUCGUCAUUCUAUCUCAAUGAUGGAAUUUAACUUAACCCUUAAAGAGGGACAUUCAUGAAAAUGCUCCAGCUAAUUGGUGGGAGUAAAGUAUAAUUACAUGAUAUCUCCCAAGAAGAAGAAUGAGGACGAUGACUUUACUUCUUAGUACAGUUUGCUGUAUUAUGAUCUUGUUUAUAAAAGGAGCUGUGUCACGAAAUUCAGCCAAAUUAGGAAAUUACAAAAUGCCUGUUUAAUUAAGAGAAACAUAAAAAUAACCGCUUAAAACUUUAAAGGAAGGUUCAAAUAACAUAACAGAAACAACAGAUGCCACAGAUGGGCGAAGCUGAAGAAGACUGAAAUGGAUUGAAAUUAGGGUUUUCAGUUUUCCAAAGUUGUUCCCUGCUGCUUGCAACUUCAAAAAUAAUGCUCAGGAGACAUACAGGCAUAUUUGUUUGUCUUGGAUCUCUGAUUUUGUCUCUGGGUAACUUUUCUUGCUGAAACCUCGAAAGGCUUGGCAAUAAUCCUCAUAACUAUUGUACUGAGUUUUACGAUUUUGUCAUUUACCUGUAAUUUCUUUACUUACUUUAAAAUACAGCGAUUGAGGGCAAGUAAUUGGCAAAAGUAAACAAAAUUUAAUUAUGUAGAUAAACUUUAAAAUAUAUAAUAUUUUUCAUUUUCUAAAGAGGACGAAGUGGAAAGGGAAAGAAGAGAAAGGCGGGAAAGAAGAGAAAAGAACCAAACUGAAGAAGAGGUAGUGUCUUUGCCUGCUAAGGGCAAUAAUAGGUGGAUCAUGAUUUUUUUCCAUAGUGGUCCAAAGUGGACCUCACCAUCAAAACUAUUUUACAGCUAAUUAUUUCCACCCUUCAUGAUAGUUAUUUUCUAGUAAACUUCAACUACUUAGAUCCAUAAAUUUGAUCCUUUAUUGGUAAUAAUUAAUUCUUUUUAGUUUAAAAGCUGUUAGUUAUUCCAUUACAUUUUUUUCUGGUCUGAGGGGUGAAUUUAAGGGGGUUUUGGAUCCCAUGAUCUUAUCCUGGUUCAGUCACUACAAGGGUCUAGAUAAUGAACAUUAAUUGGGAGGAACAACUUGCGAUAUUAAUUUUUAUUUACUUAUUAGUGCAAAGUUAAUGGUGAGUGAUUAUUAGCAAGAGUGAAGAUUAGAUUUCAGUUAUUUAUUUACUUUGUUCAAAAACUCUUUUUUUAGGCUGAGAGUGAAAAAGAAAGGCUGCGAAAGGUACUCAGGCUUAUUAUAGAUUUUACCAAAAACUCAGGAGGGGUUAUGUAAAAUAAUAAAUUACAGCUUUUGCAAAAGAUUUUACAGACGAAUGUAUUUACACAAGAAUAUAAAGCAAACCCCAUAGAAACAAAUACAAAUGGUAGCUUAGAUUAACAUUUUGGCAUCCUGCAAAUGAGGAAAAAAUAGUAGUCUUAUAACAUAGCACAUACAUUUAAGAAUCCCAACUGUUUGGAGUCAUGCCAGUUGACUAUCUUCAAGCAGGCAUGGCUGAGGAGUUGAACUUGCCCUUACUGUGAACAACCCUUGUUAGUGGCAAGGGCAUGAUUUUAACCUGAUGUGAUUAAGUUUGAAUCCAGCACCCCAGUGAUGCAACUUGGUCAUUCUGACUCCUUCAAAUCUUAAACAUUUUUAUCUAAGGGUCUAGGUGGUGUUCAUUUUGUAGUAAACAUGCACAGUGUAGUUCUCUUUAUUCUUGUAGGAGAAAGCUGGGAGCAAGAUAAAGAGGUGCAAGCUAUCAAGGUAAUGUAUCGUCAUCUAAACGAGAUUUGUGUGUGAACGAGACAGUGUUUAUAAAUGUAUGCCAUUAAUAAAAUUGCUAAAAGAAGGUAAAAUCCUUAUCUAGUGUACAAGUCAAAAAAAUAGUCUGUUGCAGUUAUUCAGAUGGUAUAGAAUGGAAGAUUGUCAGUACAUGAUUUCUAUGAAACAACUAGGAUUUUCUCUGAGAAAGAUGAUUUUUCCAUCAGUGAUCGACACAAGUGACUCGAAGAAAAAAUCCCAGUUUUCCAAAAGGCCGAUUUAGACAGUAUGAUUUUUGCUUUUGACUAUCAUUCUCGACUAGCAUGCGUCCUGUCUUCAUGACAGAUUGUGUCAUGUAAAUUAGACCCACUACAUUCGUACGACACAUUGUGGAUGUCAUAAGUGAAAAUUGUGCGCGUGUGGAUGGUCAAAAGGCUUGACGUAUGCUAGUCGUGCACAAUGGUCAUGAGCAAAGAUUGGACUGUCUAAAUCAGCCUAAUAGGAGUUGAACCUAUGACCUUGUGGUUACCAGUCCAGAGGCUCUACCACUGAGCUACAGGAUACUCGUGGAAGCUGAGACCUGGAUUCAUGAACCCAGGAGUAAAUGUUAGGCAGAAGGGGUCAAGCUGGCAUUGCUAGAGCACAGCCUUGGUUUUUAAGAUAGUGUUGGAAGGCAAAAGGUCUUGUAAGUUCAUAAAAAUGUCUACUUAGAGAAACUUGGAAACUACCUACCUAUCCCUCCCCUAACCCCAAAUUUUGCCCAAAGGGAAACAUAGUAGUGUCGUUGUUGGUUUAGUGGGGGGGGGGGGGGGGAGGUGGGCAAAUCUGAGAAUUUUAUGCUGAUCUAAAAGGUACAUGGGCCAGUUUUUUGUGCCAUUUUUUUAGUAGGGAGCAUUUUGUAUACAUUGUCUGUACAAAUUAGUGGGAAUUUUAUGGCUUUUUGUCUCCACAAAGUGACUGUUUUUUCACUGCUCGAUCCUGAUGUGAUUUAUCAUUGAUUUUCUGUGCGAGUGUUACUAAGAAUCUACCUUGGCAGAAUCAUUCCUAAAAUUGCAUUAAAUGUCACCUGCGUAAAUGGGCCUUUGACAAUGUUUAUCUGUCCUGCUUCAUUCCAGGAGCGAUACCUUGGUGGAGCCAAAAAAAGAAAGAAGGUUCGUCGUCUUGCUGACAGAAAGUUUGUGUUUGACUGGGACACUGGGGAAGACACUGCUGUCGACUACAAUCCACUGUAAGUAAUCACGACUGUACCAAGCUUUUUGGUGCAAUCACCAUUGACACAUUUAGUUGAAACAAGCUUUUUUAUUGAUUUUUGGUGUAGUAGUUUUUAUUUAUUUCAAUAAGUAUUAUUGAGACACAUAACAAAUUGGUUUUAUUCUGUUUGUUAAAAAUACAAAUCAUUGCAAAUUAUUGAAUGAAGAUUUGCCACAGUUGACGACUGUAUUGCUGUAUUGUACCAAUAAUUAUUACGACUGCUCUUAGCUUGCUCUUCAUUCAAGUGCCUAAAAACAACACAGGCUCUUGUCGGCAGUCCGGAGGUACUUAUCCAAUGGUGUAGCUGUUAAAAAUUUGGCUGUUUUAAUAAUACACCUCCUGUUUGGACUAAGAUUUCAAUGUUGCCAGGUAUAUACAAUUAGGAGGUCAGGAACUGGACAGGUAGCAAGUUCUUUUCCUUCUAUAUUUUAAGAAAUCAAUUAGACCAUAGAAAUGACAUGAAAAUGUUCAUAACUCAAGUGAGCCACGAGCCGUAGGCCUUUGAAAGUAGCAGGGGGUCAUAUUCUUAGUUGCGGGGGAAAUCCCAAGCCCCUGGGCGUCACUGACAGCGCUGAUUAAUGCCGGUUAUUAAAACAGAUUUCACAUCUAAACAUAGUUUGUUGUUAGAGCGACUUUCUCAUGACCUUGAAAUGGCUUUUGGUUAGUUAAGCGAACGCUCGGGUGAAAACACUUUAUGCCCGAGAACUUUCUAGAAAUCAAUCGAUACGUCGCUUUGACGUCAUAAUGCAACGCGAUUGGCCAGUCGAACGAUGCCUUCUCUAUAUUAGGGUUUUCUUUGGCGGGAAAACGAAGAGGCCAUGUUUUGAUCUUUUCAUCCAUUGGCUGAUAAAACAAAUAACGAACACUUACAUUUGUACCUAAACCAUUUCUCAAGGUCCUACGAAAAUCGCUCUAACAGCGUCGAGAAGGCGAACAGAACUUAUCCAUCUACUUAUAUUAAUGAAAUAGACACCUUACAAACAGAUUUGGAGGCUUCUCGAGUCUCUAAAAGAAAAGUGAAAAUAAACAAGACUUUGUUCAAGUAACCAGCCCAGGGAGUUAAGUUCUGAUAUUCUUCUCGAUCAAGAAACAUACAUUCAGUCUGUGCAACACUCCUUUUUACUUACAAGUACUUGUCUCGCUUAGCUAUACAGAAAAGCAUCAAAUUCAGCUCCUUGGAAGAGGACAUAUUGGUGGAAUUGAUAUCAAGGUAAACAUUCAAAAACAGCUGGGGUAUCUAACCACCGUCGAAAUCACGGAACUAGAUUGUUCAGAGAAGUGUUCAAAGUUAUGGAUGAAUAAGCAGGCAACAGAUGCAGGGGCGGAUCAAGGAUUUUUCUCAGGAGAGGUUGCAUCACUAAGGAAUGGCUUAACUGACUGGUGACGUAAACAAAUUUUAAAAGCGAAUACCAAGAAGAAGGCUUUUGCAGGCUUUUGACUAGGCAAUAACAUAAUGUGAACAGCUGAGAAUACAUAUCAAACGGUACAGCAGAAUUGAGACAAACUACCAUUUUUAGGGCGUUUAACAUAAAUUCUCCAACCUCCGCUCGUCUCGUGUUUUACUUCAGGACCAAUAAACGAGUUGUAUUAGAGAGCCGCUGCACGUGCAGAGUUGUUGUUUUGCUUAAUAAACCUGUCGCUUUUUGCCGUUCUCGUUGCCGUGGCCGUUGUUGUCGCUAAAGCUGCCUAAUAUUAUGCCAGGAAAGGUUUAAACUUUCUACGUCUCAAUGGGCGCGGCUCAGUCUCCAAAGAAAAUAUGAAUUCUCUAGUGAUGUACUUUUUUUGGCCUGUAUUAGGAUGAUUAACAAUUAGUCCUCGAGCCCGAAUGGGCUCUGAGUCAAUAGCCAAUGAGACCGAAGGCCUCGUGGGCUAUUGAAUCAGAGGCCCUGAGGGCGAGAGGAAUACUUGUUUUAGUACAAUCCAACUAGUUGGUCAAACAUAUCGAGAAUAAAGAAAUGUUUAGCUGGUUAAAGCGAGACUUUAAUCCUUUUUUGCCGCCAAAAAGCCCGCGCUUUUCGCUACUACUGGGCUAUAACAUAUAGCCUGGUAGUAGCUCAACCAAUCAGAACGCAGCAUUGAUCAUAUACCACUAGUUGGAUUUUACUAAAAGUGGUUAGCCCCUCUACAACAGCCACUCUGGCCCUUAGGUGGCCGUCCUUUUGAGGCUCGGCUGUGUAUUAGAAUGUUAGUAUGUAGUGAGGUGACAAGUCUUAAAGUAAAAAUCCUUGGAAAAUGAAUUUUUUUUUCUUCCCAGUGGCAAAAGAAGGAGACAGGAAAGUUUUAUCAGGAAAUGUUGGAGACAAGACGAACUGUUGAGGAAAAGACCCAAGAGGCGUAAGUAUCUUAUCUUGUCAAUAAUUAACAAAAAAACUACUUACACUGACGCGAAUUGCAUUUGAAAUUAGUUCAACCUUAGAAGAGAUAAAAGUUGUCCCGAACGGGACAAAUUAUGUCUUAUGUGCGCAUUGCACUGUGAUUGAUGUACGUUUGCCGUGCAUUGUUGAAAAGCCUGGUUCCAGCGUACAUGUAUGUCAAUCGAGUUUUCCAUCGUUUGCUUGUUAGUAAGGGGAAAAAAAGGAAAAGUCUGGGAAAAGCCUCGAAUGUUCCAUCCAAAACUCUGUUCGAACCAUGCUCCAGUUGUGGAUACUAUUUCUGCUUCUCUGCUUCUCUUGGGGAUUUAGAAUAACGUUUACGGCAAACGGUUAACGUCAGAUGGAAGUGGACAAUUAUGAGAAAAAUCCAAUCCAAAAUCCUUCUUACUUUCUUACUGAUGAACCUCAGUGGAAUAAAACUUCUAAUAUUAGAGAGCUUUAGAUUUAAGGACCAGUACAAGUGCGCGAUUUAACUUCAAAUUUUUGCUCGUGUUCUCAAACAAAACAAGACACCCAGGAAAGCUUCACUGUACUUUUUUCACCAAAAAAGUUAGCAGGGUUAUUUAUAUGGCAGAAGGUUAAGCCCUCUCCCGAUAGCAAAAUGAUAAAACUUUCUUACAUUUGAUAACUUGCUCGCACCACUACGACUUCCUUGCUAAAACUCCUUGUAGUAUGUCGACGGCUAUCACGUUUUCCCGCCAAAAUGACGCCGGUUCACGCUUGAGCAAUACUCAGUAUUGAGAAAAUCUUGUACUCGUAGUCGUCCUCGGCAAAGAAUCUAAGGGUGCGUUUCUUUACUAAAAUCCAAAUCCGGAUUUCUAAUCUGAUCUCGGAUUUUAGUGAAGAAACGCACGCUAAAGCUCCACAUUUAAGUAGAUGUAAAAAACAAUAAACGACAAGUAAAGCGGAAACUUGGUCACGUGGUACAAAUUUCCGUUUGCCGUUUGCCGUUUGCCGUAAACGUGACUCGUGUUUCCUUCUUUUUUAGGACACGAAUAAAGAAGCAGCGUGAUCAGGAAAGACAGCGUGCGUUCGAUGAUCGUCACUGGAGCAAAAAAUCCUUGGAGGAAAUGGUGGAAAGAGAUUGGAGGAUCUUGCGAGAAGAUUUCGCCAUCUCUACAAAAGGCGAGAGAUUCUAGGACAGGCCGUUGAAAUCUAGUCGUUUUUGGUCCUGGCCUUGUUUUAUCUGUGGUUUUUUUCUUUUUGUCUGUGGAUUGCUCUGUGUACUGUUAAAUACUAACAUAGUUGCAGUCUUAAUCGUCAUUUCCGUCGCAACUGAAGAAAAACGACAACUGACGUGUUAUUACCCAAGGAAUGAGCUGAUUAUCACUAAAUACUCUUAGCUGCAAGGAAUUUUUUUCAGAAAAUGAGAACCAAUUUAAGAACCAAAAUAGCCUAAAUUUGUUCUUAUUACCAUUUAUGUAAGAACGUGUUAAGGCUAACUAGGGAAAACAUAGGUUCUUACUCACGGGUCAUUACUGUAUUUUCUCCCUCCUCAUUGCAGGUGGCAAGAUUCCAUUUCCUCUUCGCUCAUGGAGAGAAAGCACCCUUCCAACUUCAAUAUUGGAUAUUGUAGACAAACUGCAAUAUGAGGUAAGCCGGUCAUUUUGAUACAAAGUCGUUUCGAUACUAGUCGUUCGAUACAAACUCAAGAAGUGAAAUUGCACAAAAAUUUCGAUCUCUUCGAGUAAAGUUCGCAGUUGAACAAGAAAUACAUUUUGGUCGAAUAUUCUUCGUUCUUUAAGCCAAGUACGUGAAAUUAUUUACAUCUCGAAGGAAUUAACUUGUAUCGAAACGACCGGUAACCCUUUAGCUUAGUCACUUAUCUCCACCCAAAUGUCACAACCUGAAUGGCGCUGGUUUAAUUUUUCACAUUCAAGUGAAACUGUUUCUUUACACCCAUAUUCAUAGUUUGUAAGGUUUGGAAGACGGAGGCAAUGUUAGUAUUCCUUGCACAAUGGGUGUGAGGGUUAGACUGUCAGAGUAUACAGUGAUAAAAAAUCUCGAAGCAUCAUCGGCUACAUGUACGCUUUUCUUAAUCUAGUCACUUAUUUAACCACAGCAGGGCUACCUCAGUUGGUAGAUCAGCAAUGGUUGCAGAUAAGAAAGUUGCAAGUUUGAUCUCCGUAGCUAGGCCAGCACUCAGUGUUGCAAAAUAACUGAAAAAGAAUGUUCUGCUCCUUGCAAACGGCUAGACCUUCGCGCGGCUUGGAUGACCACUUUGAAUACAAUUGACUUUGAAAUAAAGUCGUUUUUUUAAUUUAUUUUUCAUCUGUUUAUUUACUGGCUAGUUUGAUCUACGUAAAAGGGAAAGAAGUGAUGUUAUCUUAAGGGCAGAGUUUACGCUCAGAAUUAUAUGACUUUUUCCAUGUGAAAAAGUUCGUUUAACUCGUACAAAUGUUUCAUUUGCACAGAGCGAAAGUAAGACUUUAGAACAACUCGUAGAUAAUUUAUUCUGUGUGUUCACAGGAACCAACACCAAUUCAGCGCCAAGCCAUUCCCAUUGGACUUCAGAACAGGGACAUCAUAGGAGUAGCUGAAACAGGUGAAGUGAGAACUUAGUAGGGUUGACUAUUGGGAAAAUUUUAACGAUAGAAAUUGUAUUGUAAUAGGUCACACGGAUAUUGAGAGUAGGCGAAUAACACCUUUUUUUUUUUUAAUAAAAAGGUAGUGGUAAAACAGCAGCAUUUCUGAUUCCUUUAUUGGUGUGGAUUAUGGGGCUGCCAAAGAUUGAACGUGACGCAGAUGCUGAUAAGGGACCUUAUGCUGUAAUCUUAGCUCCGACCAGGGAACUGGCGCAACAGGUUAGUUGUUCAAUUCGCCCUUAGGCGAGUUGGCAUGAGGGCCUCAUGUCAACUCACCAGGGAACUGGCACAACAGGUUAGUUGUUCAAUUCGCCCUUAGGCGAGUUGGCAUGAGGGCCUCAUGUCAACUCACCAGGGAACUGGCGCAACAGGUUAGUUGUUCAAUUCGCCCUUAGGCGAGUUGGCAUGAGGGCCUCAUGUCAACUCACCAGGGAACUGGCGCAACAGGUUAGUUGGUCAUUUCGCCCUCAGGCGAGUUGGCAUAAGGGCCUCAUGUCAACGCACCAGGGAACUGGCACAACAGGUUAGUUGGUCAAUUCACCUUCAGGCCCCAAGCGUUUCGCCCAAACAGAUGAGGCUCGCGUGCAAGAAUUCACGCUUCCGUUGCGUUGUGCCUUAAGGGGCAGCGGGUAUUUUUUUACGAAAAAAGCCGAGUUUUUGUGGUCUACCUACAUUCAUGGGAUUAAUACAUACGUACAUACAUAUAUUCUUGUUUCCUCCCCAAAGGGGCUUUUCAGGAACAAUCAUUACAAAUGUAUUUACAAUCAAUACAUUUAAUUACAACACUUACAUUAGUACUGAUUACAAUGCUUAGCUUGUUACUAAUUACAAUACUUAACUUAGCUAAGAAGCAUUUACAAAAUUAUCUAAAAGCUUGUUAAGACAGUAGUACGCCUUCUCGUCAGCAGAGGGGGGGGGGGGGUAAGUACUUUUAUUGUUACAAAGGUAUACCGCAUUAAAUCAGAGCCAACGGUGCAUUUGUUUUUCUACUCUUGGUAGAUCGAAGAUGAAGCUGCCAAGUUUGGUCGUCCUCUUGGCGUCAGGACAGUGUCCGUGAUUGGUGGGGUAAGAAAUCUACGCAUAAGUCUAACAAUGUCGUUAUCAAUGGUGUCGUAACUGCCCUGGGUGCAAUGUUGGAACAAUUCGAAACAAUGUUGCAACGCUGUGUUGUGCUAAAAUCGUCCCGUGAACAUCACCUUAAAUCAUGUUCGCACAUCGAAUCCGCCUUAGCGAGGUACAACGUGGUUCAUCCUACAUAUUGUUAGAGCGGACAUCUGUGGCCAGGACAUGUCGUAGUUCGUGCGGUAGAAGUUCCGUCCCGGUCGCGAGAAGAAUGGAACAGGACAAAGGUUUCCAACCGUGCCUUUAUUCCUUCUCCAACUUCCCUCCGAGCUUAGAAUUGCUUUCCUAUAAUUCGUAGAGACAGUUGUGGCUCGGUUUCGAAAUGAAGUGAUUCCCUGAGAAAUGCGUGAAAAGAAUUUCAUGGUUGUUGAGCCCGGAGGUAGUCGCUUAUCAGGGAGUCUAAAUACAGCGUUUGUGUCAAAUGGGAUUUUGAAAUCGAUAAGAGAGAUAAGCACUCAGCCAUAAAAGAAUAUAUAAAAAGUCAGUUAACACCUACCUUUUAUACAUUUUAUCUCCAGCUUUCUCGCGAGGACCAAGGAUUUCAGCUAAGGCUUGGCUGCGAGGUAAGCUAAUCUGUUCCCCUUUCGUACGCUAAAACUAGCCUUCGUGGCCAAACCGAGAGAGGGAGGAGGAACUUCCCUCCUCCCUCGCACGCUCCUCGCGGUAUCGUGCGCCCGAAUUCCCCCUCCCACCUUUCCCCGAUCGAACACCUGCCUCGUAAGUCACACUAAAACGCACUCUCCAGACAAAGAGGGUGAAGAAAAAUUCAUUCACCACUUAAGAAAUGGGAAGGGAACUGGGGCCCAUUUCUCGAAAUGUCCCGGUAACUUUUCGGGCCGGAAAUCAAAUAUUCAAACCGAAAUAUAAAGAUUAAGAGUGCGGGUCCUGGCCAGCAAACUACUCCAUUUUGUUUCAUUAACUGAUAGUUUUGUUAGAUGCAAAACUAUUGAAACUUCGAUAUUUAACGUAAACGGGAGACAGCUUACCGGGCCCGUUAAUAGUAGGGACUGUCGAGAAACGGGCCCCUGGAGCCGAAAUGCGUGCCGCAAUUGUUCCUGGGAUGGUUACUAGGGACGUGCCGGUCAGCUAUUGGCCAAUUUUUUUCCUUGUCCUUAGUAAGAGUUCCAGAAGUCUUUGCAAAAGUUAACUCGGCCCAGAUUCCCUCUCCUUUUUAAAGUGGCGAGUUUUAGAGAAGUGUUUGUUGCCUUUUAUGUUAAGAUGUACCGCUGAGUACUUACUCCGUUAUAAUUUUUUUUUUUCAGAUUGUCAUUGCUACACCUGGUCGUCUGAUUGAUGUACUCGGUAAAUGUUUUCUUUAUAUUUCUCAUUUCUGCUUGUGCAGUGUUGGCACCCUACAGUAUCACGAGAUGAUUCGAAAACUACAAUCAUUGGAUUUCUAGCGUUUUUUCGAAAUAACACUAUAACACUUGAGUCUACUUUUAUCCGAACCGUCCUUAGCCAAGUGUAGUUGUCUUGUGUUAGUGUAGUAAGUUUUUGUUUGGGUUAAACAGGGUAGGAAAUUUUCCUUCAUCAACGGCCUCUGUUCCUGGAAUCGAUGAAGGUUUCAAUCCAGGACCCCAGUCCUAACUCCAUUAGUUCUUUCCCUACUGUUCCUCUCCUUGUCUUUCAGGGUUUCUCUAUCUUUCGUGCCUUCAGUUCUGGUGCCCAUUUGAUGGCGUUGCCGGAAUUUGAAUUAAACCAGAAUUAGAGUUAAACUCAGUUAUUCAGAAUUCAAGGAGAUGGCAAAUGUGAAUCUGUGGAGUUCCAAUUUCGUUGUUCAUAAGAUUUGAAGUAAUUGAUGGAAGCUUUUUGUUCUUCUUUCUCUUACAGAAAAUCGAUACCUUGUACUCAGUCGUUGUUCAUAUAUUGUUCUUGAUGAGGUUAGUAGUUUCAAUUUGUUUUAUAUUUUUUUGCGUUAUUUUGAAUCAGAUAAAGAAUAAGCUUUUUUACAAAGGAAAAUGCGAUAGAAAGCCCUACUCUGUACUCAAUCAUUUGUCUUUAGAAAAUCUGAGCCAUGUCUGUGGUACUAUUGUAGGCUGAUCGUAUGAUUGACAUGGGCUUUGAACCAGAUGUUCAGAAGAUCUUGGAGCAUCUUCCAGUGAGCAACGUCAAACCUGAUUCAGAAGAUGCCGAGGAUCCAGAAAAGCUGUUAGCUUAUAUGGGAAAGGACAAGUUUAGACAGGUUCGUAUAAAUAAGUUAAUUAAUUAAACCGUGGGCUCAAUGUUUCCGUGUUUAUUGACCGGGGAGCUUGUUAGAAGUAAGCGGGGUUUAAAGAAUUUUCACAGUUCGCAUGAAGUUGCCUUUAAUAUAAUAUCUGUUUGUAGCCUUCACAUUUCGUUUUCUUCCAAAGCGAAAAUAGGAGACGUCUCGUCGAUAUGAUGUUGAGACUCUAGUCAGUGGACACUACUAGAAUGUAGUGUAACCACUAGUUGAACUUUUGAACAAUAUUACUGGAGACCUUUGAACUGAGAUUCGUAUCAUUGGCUUUUCUGUUUCACCUUGUUUAGACUGUAAUGUUCACGGCAACAAUGCCUCCACAAGUAGAACGCUUGGCCAGAAACUAUCUAAGGUCAGUUAUCGGUUUGACUAUUUACUCAAACUGUGUUUUCUAAGCAGAUGUGCUUCAUGACGAUCUAUCCAUAUACAAAGCCGCUCACAGCAACUGUAAAUAACUAAAUAAUAAAUAAUUCCGUAAAUAUACCCCACGGUAGACUACAAGCAGUCUCUCUUUUUUCUUGGUCCCUCAAGCAAAACGCGCGAGACACGCAAGUGACCACGCUCGUGAUUAAGGGCGCGAGACGGAAGAGGCACGAGAAAAGAGAGACUCUCUUUUUUCUUCUCGGGAUUCCGACCUCGUUUCUCGCGGCUCGACACUCGCGCAAGCGUGCACUCCCCUCACUAAAUCUGAAGUAUUUACCGCGCCAAACCAGUGACACCGAGCAAACGACUGAAAGAAAUAGAUCAAAUAGACCAUUUCCGAGCUCAAAAAACCCUCACUUUAAAAAAAUGCGAGGCCGUGUGCCUGAUUCCAUUUGUGAAAGUGAACUUCAUUUGCUUGAGAAUUAAAAAAUCGUUUUCAUAUCAGAGACUUUCACACUUAGCUUCGUUUUAAAACAGAGGCUUGGGACAACUUGGAAUUUGCCCAUACACGUAACAAAACUAACAAUACCAACUGCAUAGAGGCAAACCAAAUGAAUAUUUACAACCUUGGUUGAGGAUUUGAACAAAUCCAGCAAGCGAUUAGGGCAGGUAUUGAACCCAGGGUCUUCGGAUAGCAAGUCCAACGCCUUAACCGCUCUGCCACGCUGCCGCCUACCCUUGAAUCCCCAAUAUCAGCACCCAUAUUCCAGUUCUCAUCAUAUUUAUCAUCACCUGUACGUUUAAGCAGUGAUACGUUAUGGAGCAAUUAGAUGCUGAUCUACAUCAUAAAACGAGGAGCAUUGACGAAUAAUUCUUUGUUAAAAGGCAAUCUUAAGUGACUGGGAACCUAACAUUGUGAUGGUUUAUUUUUCUUUCAGGCGCCCAGCUGUGGUUUACAUCGGUUCUAUAGGUAACAAGUCUGUUUUAACCCUCCUUGAGCGGGAUAUACAGUGUAACGGGGAUCUUUCUGUUCCUUUUUUUUCCCUUUGCUGGAUUAUGACGGUCACACAUCGCUCAUUGACGCUGCAUAUCCAACCAAUUUUACCCCAUACUGAAUUAUGCCAGGGAUGAUUUCCUGAAAACUAGCUUACCACGUUAUGAGCUAAACUGCAGUUGUCAGGUUCAUCUUGCGAGCCUGGUUCCUCAAAAGAUAUCAGUUUAGUUUAACCCAGGGUAAAACCUAAUUUUAAGCAAAGUUUUCUUGUUGGAGGUUUUGAAAUAUUGUCCAGGUUAUUAAAGCGGGCAGCCCUACUGUUUGUAUUUCUGUAUUAAAGUAAUUCAAUUUUCUCUCAUCACUUCACAGGCAGACCAGUCGAGAGAGUGGAACAGAAAGUUUAUUUGGUUAAAGAACAAGCAAAGAGGUACGCCUGCGUGUAUCAUCUCUUAUAUAUUUAUUAAACUGUAGCAAUGUUAAAAAAAUAUAUUUUCGCGAGAUUAAUAGCGGUGUACUGUAGUUUUUUACUUCGAGGUCACAUUAUAUCUAACAGUUAAACUGUUUCCCGCCGAAAUCUCUUAGCAGGCAACAUUGCAAAAUAUAUGACGCCAGAGGGUAACAGUGCACUGUUACCUGCGAAUGUUGAGGUUUAAUGAAUUUCAAGCUAUAUAGCAAAUCACUUCGGGAAACAGUUAAUUUUGUUUCCGUUGAAUCUCAAUGUCGUCCUCAGCUUAUUAGGAAAUAAUAUUAGCUGCUUCGCUCGGAACCAGUCAUUUUAAAAGUGUUUAUUGUUGUUUGCUUGACAGGAAGAAGUUGUUAGAGAUAUUGAACGCUGGCAUUGAUCCUCCGAUCAUGAUAUUUGUCAAUCAAAAGAAGGUGAGAGUUGCGUGUCACCGCAGCUGAUAGUUGAGAUGACGUACAAAGAAAUAAACAUAACCCACGGAAAGUGAGCGGAGAUCGGUGAGAGCGAGGGCGGAGCUCUCAUGCACUGACUCCCUCCUUGUCUUCGUUUAGCCCGCGUGGAAGGCGUUUGAAGGGGAUAGGUUGGACGAGAUGGGCACGCGAGGAAGGAGGGAAGCCAUUGCGCGCCUUUCAUGUAGUCGCGUGCCUUACUUCCCCUUUUCCCGUCUUCAAUGCUGGCUAGUCUUCGUUCACCCCUUUAGUUUUCUCCGCUGUUUCUAUCUGAGAUCUUGCGACAGUAUAUCAGGGACCUUUAGGCUAUAAUCGCACUAUACCGGAUAGAUUUUGCGCCGGCACCAAAAUCAUACCUGGUAGGGCUUCUGUUCACACAUAAGAACGAUGGUCUCGGAGCGGUUUCUGUAACGGAGCGAAGCUGCGUCUCGCCGAUCUCUUAAGUGGAGAGUCGCAUAUCGGAUAAGUUUUCGUACUGUACCGGAUACCUUCUCGCUUCGGCACGAAAAGCUGUCCGUUGUAGUAUGAAUACAGCCUGAGAUUGGAUUACGAGUAGGAGGAGAUUGAGUAGGAGCUUUCAAACCAAGUUCAUGAGCUCCAGAUAAACACUUUCCACAACAAUCUCUUACGUCUCUCUACGUUUUGUUAGCAGCAGGAACAAGUGAGUUACCUGAGAACAUAAAUGGCUUGAAAUUCCAAUGUCGUACUCAUAGUCGAUGAUCACGCACUCCGAGUCAAAUCUAGAGGUUGCUAAUUAUGAGACGACAUAUCUGUAACAAAGUUUAGCUGAUUAAAUCUUUUUUCGUCUGUCUUAGGGAGCGGACGUGCUCGCCAAGUCCCUGGAAAAAAUGGGCGUAAGUUAUCGUUUGUUGGCGUUGGGCGUGGGUGAUUUUAUAUCUUUUCUCUUCGAUGUAGGCUAAGGUUUUGUUGUAAUUUGUUUUACCAAACGAACUUUAGCCUACGAGCAAGCUCUCCAUUGGGGGUGAGGACAGGGGGUUGGCCGGGGUGUGGGGUCGCGAGAAGUCACGCGAGAGCAGCACGCUUGCGCCUUUGCUCGCCAUACAUGGAGAGUUUGCUAGCAGGCUAAACGUACUUGAGUGAAGCAAUGACUGCUUGAACGCCAUUGCGGAUCACUAAGUUGUUUUUAUAUAAGGGUUUUUUGUGCCAGGUAAAACGAGCAAAUUCUGUUUUGGUCGUCAGUUUUGACUGACAGCGUAUAAGGCGGAUCGUGAACACUCGGGGCAAACGUUUUUCACUGUCAUUCUUAAAGUGCCUGGUUUGCCCACUAUUUGAUUUCAUCUUCGAUCGUUUUUAUCCUUUUGUUUCUUCAGUUGCAUACCUUCCCGUUUUUUAAUUUUCGUUCCCGAGAGCGGGCACAUACAUAACUUCCUGAAUUUUUUCUUACAGUUCCGUGCUACAACACUCCACGGUGGACGAAACCAAGAACAAAGGUGAGGUUGAGAUGUAACCUCUUCUUUUUAUUUCGUCGUCAUGGUUGUUAAAUAUCUGUUUUGUAAAUCUAGAGAGACACCGAGAGUAUAGGAAACUAAGAAAACAAGGGCCUGAACAAGGGUAUUGGACGGAUGGAACGAUGUUUCAGUGAAAUUCCCGACUGUUUUGUACACCAGUGUUGUCGUUUUUUACAUGAAGUUAUGAUCGUCGCAGUGGUAGUUGUAAUUUAAGCAAUUACAAAUAUGUAUAAACCCGAAAAAAAAAGAAAUUCGGGACUUCAUCGAACCCAUGCACACUUAAAAUUAAAGUGUAACAUUACUCCAAAAAAAAGUGUAAAAUCUUUGCCAGCCCCGGCAGCCUUUUUUUUCUGUGUAUUAUUACACAGUUUAUAUUAGUGUAAUUUAACACACAACUAGAGGUUAUGUUUACACACCAAUCAGUGUAAUGUGAGUGGUUUACACUUUGGUCAAGUGUAAAAUUGCAGUUCUUAUAAGUGUAAUAAAAUACUAAUAGAACAGUAAUAUUACACCGAAUGAUAGUGUAGUAGCUUUGCCAGCCCCGGCAGCCUUUUUUUUGGGUGUAUUAUAACACAUUUUAUAAUAGUGUAAUUUAACACCCAACUAGAGGUUAUAUUUACACACCAAUCAGUGUAAUGUGAGUGGUUUACACUUUUGUCAAGUGUAAAAUUGCAGUUCUUAUAAGUGUAAUAAAAUACUAAUAGAACAGUAAUAUUACACCAAAUGAUAGUGUAGUAGCUUUGCCAGCCCCGGCAGCCUUUUUUUUGUGUGUAUUAUUACACAUUGUCCAAUAGUGUAAUUUGACACGCAACCAGAAGGUUCAUUUACACACCAAACAGUGUAACUGUGAAUGGUUUACACCUUGGUCAAGUGUAAAAUUGCACUUCCCAUAGGGGUAAUAAAACAUUAACAGAAAAGUAAUAUUACAUCAAUUUAUAGUAUUAGGCAAAAAAAUUACGCAUUUGAAAAAUAUAGGAAAUCACAUUUUUAAUCACUGAAUAAUCAGCUAGACUUCUAACAAAUAUAAGUAAAAAUGAAAGGUCAAGUGUGCAAGCCAUGGUGUGUACUGUCUAACUGCUUAGGAGUGAUGCGUACUGUCCUAUCACAAAUCAGUGCUUAGGGCAGAGCCGGAGGAGGUUCAAUGUUUGAGCUGCAAGGUGGUACCCGGGAAAGAUAGUUAGCAGGACGUCUUCCUCUCCAAUUAUUAGUAUUUUUACAGUCAUGUUGUAAUGCCUUUCCCACAGUAAAAAUGGAUGGCAGUGCAUCUGUUUUGUUUCCUCUAGAUAUUGUCCUCUUGUGGCUGCAACCUGCGUGACAAAUGAAAUUGAAAAAAAAAAAAGACUUGUUUUAGUCGAUAUUAAAGUGUUCUUAAUUUAUUGUAUCGGUCAUGAGGGUUGAAAAUAGGACCGAGUGUUUUAGAGUUCCUUCUAAUUGAACUAACACAAUAAUGCUCUCUUGACCAACAUGGUUAAGGUAAACUACUUAAAUUAAAUUUCAUUCACAAAAUAAUCACAUAUUAGGUUUAAGAUGUAAAAAGGUUUUUUCUCUAGAGUCUUAGCAAUCAAGUACAUUUUUCCUCCUCUACAAAACAAAACACAGCUUCAGAUAUUCAAUUCAGAUAUCAAAUCACAAAUUAAAAUAACUCAAAACAUGUGUUAUUCCAAUCCAUGACCCCCAGUAACACUAUAGGCGGGCCAAACCACCUGACUGAGUCAUUAGUCAAAGGCGGGCAUGAAAAUUACCACCUUGCAUAUAUAACUACCUGGCCGGUGGACCAGAGCCAUGAUGAAAACAAAACACACUAUUAGACUUUAUAACUUGGUAUGGAAACAAAAGCUUGACUGGUAUACAAUUCAGAUAUCCGAUCACAAAAUUACUCAAAAAACAUGUUUUAUUCCAAUCAAUGACCCCCAGUAACAGGCGGGCAAAACCACCUGACUGAGUCGUUAGUCAAAGGCGGGCAUAACCACCUUACAUAACUGCCUGGCCGGAGGACCAGGGCCAUGAUGAAAACAAAACACACCAUUAGACUUUAUAACUUGGUAUCGAAACAAAAGCUUCACUGGUAUACAAUUCAGAUAUCCGAUCACAAAAUUACUCAAAAAACAUGUUUUAUUCCAAUCCAUGACCCCCAGUAACAGGCGGGCAAAACCACCUGACUGAGUCGUUAGUCAAAGGCGGGCAUAACCACCUUACAUAACUGCCUGGUCGGAGGACCAGGGCCAUAAUGAAAACAAAACACACUAUAAGACUUUAUAACUUGGUAUCGAAACAAAAGCUUCACUAUACAAUUCAGAUAUCCGAUCACAAAAUUACUCAAAAAACAUGUUUUAGUCCAAUCAAUGACCCCCAGUAACAGGCGGGCAAAACCACCUGACUGAGUCGUUAGUCAAAGGCGGGCAUAAUCACCUUACAUAACUGCCUGGCCGGAGGACCAGGGCCAUGAUGAAAACAAAACACACUAUAAGAUUAUUUUUAUAACUUGGUAUCAAAACGAAAGCUUCACUAUACAAUAUUAUUCAGAUAUCCGAUCACAAAAUUACUCAAAAAACAUGUUUUAGUCCAAUCCAUGACCCCCAGUAACAGGCGGGCAAAACCACCUGACUGAGUCGUUAGUCAAAGGCGGACAUAACCACCUUACAUAACUGCCUGGCGGGUGGACCAGGGCCAUGAUGAAAACAAAACACAGCUAUACCACUUUAUAACUUGGUAUUGAAACGAAAGCUUCAGAUUCAAUUCAGAUAUCUGAUCACAAAAUUACUCGAAAAACACGUUUUAUUCCAAUCCAUGAGUCCCCUGGAAACAAGCAGGCAAAACCACCUCACAUAACCACCUGGCCGGUGGACCAGGGCCAUGAUGAAAACAAAACACAGGUAAAGUAAUGAAAAUCAUAUUAAGCCUUUUAAGCCUCGUGCAAUUACAGGUUUUUGUAUGCGAAAUCACAUAUAAAAAUUAGACAAGCUUAAUAUAUUUUUCUGGUUUGGAUUUAUCUCUAUUCUACAUAUCAAAUACAAGUCGAUGUACAGGUCCGGUACGAAUAGCCACUAGGUAUAAUGUAAGAAAAAUAAAUAAAGAUAACUUACAUUAUAUCAACAUUUGGGAUCAAAAGGUGCAAAAUUCUGUGUUUUUUGAAGCAUUUCUACCGAUCAUUUGAAUAGUAAAUGUAUGGAAUCAAAUGUCGCGCGUGACAUCACGAUCCCCCGAACAGUUCGGGUGGUACGCUUGUAAUACACGUCUUUUGUUUGCAAAGAGCAAAACCACUCGAAUUAAAAGUAAUUAAAUUCGCUAUAAAUAUUUAAGCUUCAAUUUGUGUCUGCAAAAACAACAAGGUGAUACAAUGCAGUCUUCGCUGUUGAUGUCAUGUCACGCGACCUUUUGGCGGUUAAAAGCAAACGAACAACCAACGGCAAUAUUCACAAAACAUUUCAGUCAGCUUAUAUCCAGUAUUUAUAUUUCUAAUGUUAGUCGUAGAUAUCUGUCUCCUCUCAGGCUAUUCUCCUAACAAGCCUAAACAAAAAUUUGAGGCGAAAUAGCGAGGUUAUCGAGAUUUCAAAGCUAAACACCAAACAAUGCGCUUUUGAUAUCGCAUCGCGCUCUCCCACAGUAGGAAAACCGCUCAAGGUGUUGCAGUACGGUAAAACAAUACUUCAGAAGCCUCAAGAAAUCUAGGGCCAGACUAUAGCUUUAACAUAAAACUCAGAAAUUACGGAAAGUAUACUCACCUCGAAAUGCGAAAUGCGCCGUCGUAAUCUUUGAACAUGUUUGAAUGCAUGGUUUUUGCUCUCUUCUUAGCAGUCAUUUGGAGCCUCCAUCAUCCUUUGCUCUAACAAUCGGCCCUACAUCCUUGUUAACUUGAAAUCAAUGAAGACUUUGAGUUAAAAUCUUCAAAUUUACGGCGCUUAAUUUUAGUACAACCUUCGUGGAGGACGGUUGGAACAAAAGAUGAAUACAAACGGUAUUCAAGUGUCUUUAUCGGCAACAUCAUCGAUCCUGAUUGCACGAAAAUUCGCGCCCUGUCACUUAAGCUCCUGGUCACGGACUAAUGAUACGUGAUCUUUGGAUCUGCUGCGGCUUUUGACUCAGUCACGUAAUUUAUGUUGCUGUAAAUUUCCUCUUCGAGAACACGCGGAAAAGGAACAUGGUCUGAAUUAAAUCGAUAGUACGAAUACAAUGGACAAUGAAGAAAAAAAGAAAAGAAAAGAAGAAGAAGAAAGAAACAUAGUGUUACAUUUCUCAGGAAAGAUAGAAACCCGCACAAAUGACAGUCCUGUCACUGGAGUGAUGCAUGUUAGCGGUUUAGGUCAUUUCAUUAAUUUAGCUAAAACACCUUGCAAUUUACACAUGUAUACAAAUGCAGUUGCCUGAAUUUCGUACGAUAUAUCUGAAAUGAGACCUUAGACUGCAGCUGAAGUAUAUACCUGCUACAUGUACAACUAGCGGCUCAGAUAACUUAUUCACGCGAUGAAGAUUUUCUUGCUUCGAUACCUUUUUUUUAAAAAAAGAGAGUGGGUGUUUUAUUCUAUAAACGCAUAAGUGCACAUGUGAGUGCAUAAUUACCUCCGCUGUGGUAUACAUUUACUCUGUAAGUAAAUGUUAAAAAUACCUAUUGUUUCAGCCUAAACGUGGUGUAAAAAUACUCAAAAUAACGAGUAUCACUACACCAUAAUUUCUGUGUAGUGUUUUACACCAUAAAAAGUGUCACUUUAUAAUUUUUCUUUUCUAACAAUACACUUCAAUUUUAAAGUGCACCUAACCCCAAAUUUUUUAUUCGCUUAGUUGAAAUAUCCAUGUUAAUUUAGUUGUUCUGCGAAAUAAUAAAUCGAUUUGGUUAAAUAUUCUUUUUUCUGUGGCCUGUUGAAAUUUCAAAAAUCGCGCGAAAACGGAGCUGUGUUUGGCUCACUACCGAGUUCUGCGGGGCAUGGCUCUAGUCACGUGGCGUGACGUAGUUUCAGGAACCACACGAAAACAACACGAAAACUCAUUUCCUUUAUUUUUGCGGGAAUCAAGUGCGAAAACUGUGUUGUGGUCGUGCAAAAAAAGAAAUUAUGCCUGACCGGUGCGUCGCUGCCAAUUGUGGUAACAUCAAGGACAAGGAGAGGAAUAUUUCAAGGCAUCGGUUUCCGUUUUACGGCGAUACAAGGCCAGAAGCACAGAAACGGCGUAAAAGAUGGUCGACUGGGUUAAGCUGAAACGGGCAAAGUGGGAACUAUCAGUACAUUCCCAUUUAUGCUCGGUCCAUUUUAAACCAGAAGAGUUUAUGUUCCAGUUCGGCAAUGAGGUAGAUCUGAGCAACAAAUGGCUACAAAGGGACGAGCUCGGAGUAUGCGUAUUCCCCAGUAUACACAGUGGAGCGAAAGAAAAACCUAUAUCCGCGAGAGAUAAAAGAAUGGUGAGAUAAAUCAAUCCUUGUUGUCAUACUGAACUUAUUGUUGAUUUGUCGUUGAAGAAUGCGACGAAAAAUUACCUUCGCUGUUGCUAAGCCUGUUAUAAAAUUGUCCUUGUAGGCAGUCAAAGCGGCAAUGUCAGGCCGCAGAGCUGGUUCUGAUACCAUCGAUGAACCAAGCAAGAAACGAGUGAGAGUAGCUGGAACUGCCACGGCCACGUGCAGCACAGCGUCGGCGGUGAAUCCUGCUUCCAGCACAAGAAGCCAACCAGAAGAAGCUGAACCUCCAGCGAUUGAGCAUUCAGUGACUGAAUCAGCUGAAGUUGAACUAAUAGAAUCUAGUUCUACUGGUGAAACUUCUACAGGUUCAAUCACCGAAAGUUCGAUUUCUGCUCGUUCAACCACUGAAGGCUCGACUUCCCACAAAACCGUAGAAGUUGAAACAGCUGCACCAUCACCAGGAAAGGAUGAACCAGCUGGGCCCAAAAACAAGUGCAGCAACUGUUCUGUUCUUCAAAAUCAGAACAGAAUUUUGCAAAACAAGAUUCGAACGCUUCAAGGGCAUCUUUCUAGGCAAAAAAACGAAAACCGGAAGUACCGGAGAAGAAGCGGAAGUAAGUAAAGGUAGCAUAAGUUUUGUAACUAAAAUGAUAUCAUCUAAAUUGUAAAUAGGAAUGGUGCUGCAAAAAGACACAAGAAUGUUGUUUUUUACUUUUGCAAGUAGUCCCUAAGUUUGGCCAUUCCAUCAAAAUACACACACAGGUUCGAAAAUGUAAUCCAGCGAGGGGACAUGUCACAAAGGAAGGUGCCAAAAAUUAGAGACUAUAGACAAGGCCAGAGAUUUUGAAUUAAGCUAAUUUUAGGUGCCAGGUAGCCAAGAAAAUGUUGUCAUAUUGAUACAAAGUAGCUCAAACCACUAAUGGUCAAGGUCCUUUGGCAUAUUUGACAUAGCAAUCCAUAUUUUAAUUGCAUGUGUGCACCAUUAUUUUUUGGUUUAGACACCAAGGAUGUUGUUGAGCCCAUAGCAUCAGCUAAUCAGGAGUCAGGCAAUCAGGAAAGUGAUUGCAACGACAAAAGGAUGUCAGCUGAAGAGGAGUUGGAGGACAUGGAAGAGGAUGACGAGGAGGAAGAUGACGAGGAGGAGGAAGUGUAUGAAACAGAGACAGACGAGACUGAAACCACUGAGACAGAGAGUGAUGAAGAUGAUGAUUCUAAAAAGUCCAAUAGGUAAGAACACAUUUUCUAUUCUAGUUCAAGCUUACAGUAAAUGCAAAACUUAUUUGUGUAAAGUACAUGUCAUUCAGUGCUUCUCUGCUGCACGAAUUGAAAUUCUGUGACACUGAGAUCUGAUUGCUUUUUACUUACUCUAAAUACUUAGUAACAUUUCAGAAUCCAGUGAACAAAAGGCAAAAAAUCCUCGCAAAUGCGAAAAGGACCCUAGAAUUAGUUAAGGGAUGCUGUUCAAGGGUACUGGUAAUUAAAAAAUAUAUUAACUUUUAUUGUCUACCUUAAAGUACUGUAAUUAUUUAUAUAUUGCCUUUCACAAACACUUCAAAGGGUAAUAUUUUCAAGGGUUUUGUAAGUUGCAAAGCUAUGGGGUAGUACAGGUUUUUUAUCACAUGAUUAUUUUUUUGCAGGUUGCCACUGAAGGGUUCAAACCUAAGAUCUGAACCAAAGCACAUUGUCUUCUUGACAAAAUUACUGCUGCUUUUUAGAAUUUGUACAAUCUGCAAAGCCGAUAAUCCACUGGUUGAAGCCAGAGAAAAUGGUACAGAGGUCAUUAUUAAAACAACCUGCAUUAACCAAAAAUGUCAGAAAGAACAGACAUGGUACAGCCAGCCCUUGUUGCCCAACUCAAAGAUACCAGCCGGGAACUUUCUCCUUUGUAUGAGCACUCUGCUUUCAGGAGGAUCAGCCACCAAAGUGUUUCAAGUGUUUCGCCAUAUGGGACUUGGUUGUGUGUCUAUCAACACAUUCUUCAAAUAUCAAAGGGUAAGUCUUGUCUCAUUUGUAUUCUAUGAUAAUACCCCCAUUUUAUUGAUUCUGAGCCUUAUUUACAUUUUUCAGUUAAUUUUAUUAUUGUAAAAUGAUUGCUUGUAUUGCAGUCAGUAAACCUACAGAAAGGAAUUUUAGACGAUAAACUGAUUGUGCAGGUCUGACAAGUACAUUUCCUUCUUGGAGUUGAAAUAACUGAAAUAAUUAGCCCUGAAUUUAUAUUUAUUUAAACUUAAGGGCUUUUUUUGCUGGUCAUAUUUGGAAGACCCAUUCCAGAAUGGGUUAGACAUUACAAUAAAACUGUUUAAAACACUAAGAAAACAGUCUAAAACAGCUUACCAUUAUCAAUCCAUGGGCUCCUAUUAGUACGAGGAUAUUUAUGUUUGAGAGUUUGAGGGGGCUUAUUAUUGGGAUUUUAUGCUAUUACAGUAUGUAAAUAAUGACGUUUACUUUUCUAUCAUUUUAGACCAAACUCUUCCCUUCAAUCUACCUGUACUGGCAAAGAUACCAAGCUCAGAUGCUUGCAAAGCUAAAGGCCAUUCAAGAUGGCAUUAUUAUUGCAGGAGAUGGUCGCCAUGAAAGCAUGGGACACAGUGCAAAAUUUAGUGCCUAUACAAUCUUCUGCUGCACUGUUCCCAUGAUUAUUCAUUUUUCUCUGGUUCAGGUUAGAUAUAUUUUUUAUCAUUAUUACUUCUGAGUAAUGCACCUACAGUAUAGCUCCCUGCAAUGUCACUUAGAAAUACAUCAUACUUUAUAGAGAGUUCAUAAUGUAUGUACACUACUCUUUUAUUCUCAGAUGCACUCUUUUAACUUGCUAAUUGACCUUACCAAUAAUUUAAUUUUCAUUGGAGACAUCAAAGUGGUCUUUCCGUUGUAUUUAUAUCCAUCAUUUUUUUUUAUAGAGGAAUUAAGCUGGAAAUAGUACAGGGAUGGAAUUUAUGGCAUUUCAACAUUGCAUGGACUUCUUGCUGGCUUAUGGCCUUCUGAUCACCACAUUCAUUUCAGACAGACAUACCACUAUAGCCAGCCACAUGAAAAAUGUUCUUACGAGUAUUGUUCACUACUUCGACAUCUGGCAUCUAAAGAAGAGUGAGGAUAUACCAGUCUUCACUAUCAUUGUAGAUUGUAUUAUAUUUUUGUAAACUUCUUGUCUGUUCCAAACAUUACACAUUAAUCAAUUCCAGCUGCAACCAUCGCCCCCGCUCCCUCCUGGGUCAACUAUAGGGCAUUUGCACACACUGUCAAUCCUGGGAGUCGGGCAUUAGCCUAAAUUAGUGCGAGAGGCCUGGAAUAUACUGAGUGAUACAUUACCUGAUCAAUCCAAACCCUUAUGAAAGUUUUGUUUUUUCUCUUUGUCUUUCCACAGAAAUCCGCAAAGUACUAUCGAAGAUUGCAAAACUGAAAGACUGUGAAGCCUUAUCUGAGUGGAUAAAGCCAUGUGAAAGGCACCUUCACUGGAGUGCCACCUCUACCUUCAGUGGCAAUGGGAGAGUUAUUUUGGCAAAGUUUAAGGGAUUCCUUAAUCAUGUCAUCAAUAAGCAUUCUGGCUUCAGUGAUCCCCUGUUCAAUAAAUGCGCCCAUGGAAAUAUUGAACCAAGGAAAUGGCUAAGAAGUGGUAUGUUCGUAGGUGAAGCCUUGUAAAAGUAAGGUUGUUGCUUUGCUGUUUUUCAGAUGAUCUGUUGGACAGGGGGGUUCGCUGAAGUGUUCAAUUUGAAGAUGAAACUUUUGAAAAUAACCUACCGUAUAUUCUCAAUACUCCCCAGAGCCUUGCCUUAUGUAAUAAUUAUGGAAAAUUGUAUGGUGUAAAUAGCACAAGGUAGUAAAAGAAUCAUCACAAAAAUGUACUACAGUAAUCUAGUGGUAUGCUAGCCUUGUAAUUUGACACCAUGUCAGUUCCAUGUUAGUAGGUACUGAUUCUGAUCACUCCAUUUCUUGAUUAAUAGGGACACUGGUGUAUGAAAAAUUAUGUGAGGCACUCAGCAAUAAGGCCCUGGUAAGGGGAAUUAAACAAGCUUCUCCUCAUGCCCAAACGAGCUGUUUGGAAGGUUUUCACUCGGUCCUCAACCACUUUGCGCCAAAGAUGAUUGCUUACUCCUAUGUUGGCAUGUAUUGCAGGUACAAAUGGUUUAUGGUUGUUUUGUUCUUGUAUGAUGGUGAUAGCUCUUGCACAAUUUUAUUUUCUGGAAUUUGGUAUGGCUAAGCUCUUUUUUACAAUCAGAACUAAGGUUGGCAAAUUCACAUUAUUUUUGGUCAGAAAAAGGUUAAGGGUUCCCAGAAUUGCAUCCACAAGCCCCACCCAAAUUUUUAGGUGUAACGUAUCAUUCAUUUAAUCAUGGUUGUGCUUGUCUGAUCCCAUCUUGAUGUUGUAAAAUUGAUGUAUAUUGUAAUGUAACCUACGACUCAAAUAGGCAUUUACAUCCUAGGCACAUCUUGGCUGCAGUUCACUUCAACUUUAAUCUGCAUCGAGAGGUGAAACGUCGAGAGAAAGAUGGGGUUGAGAGGGUGAAAGUAUCUUACCCAAAGUUUAAGAAUGGUGAAGCUACUGUCAGAGAUGUGAGAGUCGAACCAAACUUUGGUAAGCAUUUGGAUCUCCAGAUGUGAACUUAAAAAUUUUUGUUUUGAAAAAUCUGAAAAAGUAUUAUUUUUACCGACUUUUCUGUUUUUAUUUUAGGGUAUGUUGAGGAGAUCUUUCAGACGUAUAUGAAUGCGAGCAGAGAUGAAUUGAAGGAUGCAAAUACCAAGCUUUAUGAGAAGACCCCUGCUGCAAUGAACACCAUGCUCGAGAAGCAGCCUAGAGCAGAGGCUUUGCUGAAGAGGCAACAAAGGAGCAAAAUGGUGGUAACAGAUGUCCCUCCAACCACACCAGGUACUUUGCAUCACAUCACUGCUGUACACUCCACCAAUUUACUAUAACUGUUUUCAUAGAUAAUCUAUGGCAAAAUCUCCUUAUCUGAACAAUUUUUUUUAUUUUCAUCCCUUUACCAAUGUAUUAAAGUACUACUACGGGAAUUUGUAAUGUAAAGUCCCAUUUUUUUUUUGCCUCACCAGUUUCUCAGGUCCCAGAAACCACUGGACAGCAGUCUCAAAGGAGAGAGAAAACCACCAGAAAAUGCCGGGAGUGCAAGCAGCCACUGAAGGGCCACAAAAAUGUUGUGGAUUGUCCACGCAAUAGGAGACAAAAAUAGUUAAACACUAAGGCAGUUUUUGUUUGAGUAUUCUUGGCUUGCAACCACGUGACAAGGCAGCCAUGGUGGAGUGUUGGUGGUCAAUACAAUAGAAUUUUUUCGCAAAGAAUUUGCAUGAAAAUAGGGUCUAACUCCCAGAGGAGAAAAAUGCUUUUGUUCUUAACCCUAACACACCACACCAACAUGGCCGGCAUGAUGUCAAUUUCAAACCAGCAAUUGUAAAACCAACUUAAAGGAAACAGUGUGGCCAAUCUAAAAAAUUAUUGGCAGAUGUAAAAAUUUAGUGAACCUCUUGGAUAAGUAUCAAGAAUGUACUGAAUGUGGCAAUGACACAAGAUUUUUCCAUCAUACCAGUGUGAUAAAGCAAAACCAAAACAAGGGAAAAACCCUUUUGAGAAUUUAAAAAGUGCUCUGAAAGUGCAGGGGUGGUUACUCUAAGUACUCCCCCGUGACUGUGAAAUACCGCUUCAAGAAUACCCCCCCGCAAAAUCAAGGCUGAUAAUUGAGAUGGUGUUACUCUGUGAUGGACAGGGGGAAUACAAUCCAGCUUUUAUGUUUAUUAGACACUCCACGUCUCAAAAAUGAGACUCUCCUGUGCAAUAUAAACGAGCUUCCAUGGCUGGUUCAAUUCCCUUUCUCCAGGACCCUCAGUAAUUAACCUUGAUUGGAAAAGUUUAUUUACAUUAUUGUUUAUUUAUUUUUAUACAACCAAGAUGUUUUUGUAACAAUGUAAAACAACCCUUCCAAUUGAAAAACAUCUAGUUCUGACACAACUUAGAAGUGUUGUAAUUGAUUUAAACACUGCAAUGAAGGUAUUUUCACUCACUUUCACUAAAAAAAGUACUACUUUCUAUAAAUACCGGAAGGAAACAUUAUACAAGUGGCACGGUUAGGGGAGCUCGUUCAGGGAUGCUUCUUAGAUUCAAUGAUAAAAUAUACAUAUAUACAUGCAGUUUUAAAAAUCAGCCAAAAUGAAAUACAACUUUAUAUAACCUAGUCUCACUCUUACUGGCAUGUGAAAGUUACACGCAAAGAACUCCUUUUUUGGUCCUCUCAGGCAGCCAUGCAUAUUGCAUGAAUUGAAUUUAAUGCCAGUGGUUGAAACAUAGUUGCUAUACACUGUUGAAUAGAAGAUACCACCUCGGGUCAGUAGGAAAAUGAACCAGAGACAAAAGGGAUAUAUCUUUCAACCACAAAUCAAACAAUACACCUGAUUCAUGCAUGGCUGUAUGGUGUGAGUUAGAAAAUAGAAAUUACAUUUAAAAAAGUGAGAGUCUAUUUGCUCUCGCAAAUUUUCAUCAUCUACAUGGCCAAGGUUUCUUCCUCGUCAAGGUCCAGGUUUUCUUCCUCAUCAAGGUCAAAUCCGGUAAAACGUUCAUCUUUACUGACUGGAAAUUGUUGCCUUAUGGCAGUGUAUGCACAUGCGGGCAAGGGAAUCCUUCUGUUUCCCAAGAUACCAUACACAAGUCUUGAAAACUCACGAUAUGAAACACUUCGUAGGAAGCUGAAAGAGACAGCAGAAAGCAAUGUAUUGUGAUCAGAUUUUGCUCAUGGUAGCUGAGGUAGUCACACAAGGAGAUUUAACUGAAAAAUACUUGGACAAAGGCAUAUAACUUUGAGAAUGUUCGUUUGUUUUGGGUGGGGAGUCACCAGAGGAAAAAGGCAAUACUAUAUAAUUAUAUGCAGUAUAUUUAGACAACCGAAAAUGCAAUCAACGCUAACUUCCCUAACCAAUCACCGAAACGUAAGGUAACCAGACAAAGUUAUUACUAUUAUGAUUUUUGUUUCACUGAUCAGAAGGCGAGACGUUUUUGAGAACCUACGCCGAAGCUUACAUAAUGAUUUGGCCUUGAAUUCGAUCAUUAACUAACCUUUCCUCACUUCCUUUCUGUCUGUACUGUUGUUUGCCUUUCGUCUUGAAUUUCCCUGCGGCCAACCUCAGACUCCAUUUCUGGAGACAAACGGGAUUGAAUCCUGGGUGCUGCGUAACGCACUUUAGGGUAACGUCGACCCCGAUAUCUAGAAGGACGAGGUCGGUCUUCGUCGAUUCCAGGCAGCCCUCGAGUUCGCUACAGCAAUAACAUUCACUGAUGUUUUGUAACAAAAGGACACUGCAGUUUCCACACUUGCACCUACAGAACAUAAACAGAGCAAAUUGAUGAGUCAAGGCUGCGUUUGAAACUGCACAAACAUGUACGCUUAUAGAAAUAAUAUUCAUAGAAACAAAUGCUUACCAUUGACUGACUUGUGUAGCUUCGUUCUUUGAAGAACGAAGCAUAACACAAUAGAUGCUAUUCUUAUUCAAUGACAUGCAAAUAAGUGGCAGGGUAUUCUGCAGUUAAGCCCUGUAAUCUCUUAGUUAACUCUUGCUCCGGCUCCUUUUCCUUCUCUAUUUCCUGUUCGUAUUGAGCUGUCCACUCUGCGUCCGCUAGUGGGUCAUCUGCAAAUGCGGUCGCUUCGUCAUCGCUUGUCGGUGGCGAUGCUUCGCGAUCGAGAUCACUUUCUGCUUCCAUCUCAUACUCUGAAUCGGUGCAGCUUACCGCUGAAUCUUCAGAGGACGACAUUGCAAAAUAUGGUUAAAUUAUAGCUUCUGGUGACGGAAAUUUAGCUCGAAAGUUGCUUCUAUGUCUUCCACACCACGCAAAGGUGAGAUAAAUUGCUUGGCGAUGCUUUGCUGGCGGGAAUUUCGGUUCCUGAAUCUACGUCAUAUCACGUGACAGCCCCGGCACUCGUUCCAGAUCCCUUGUUGCUCGGUACUGGACCAAAUUAUCCUCUAAUUCAACAGGUCACAGAAAAUCGAGGAUUUGACCAAAUCCAAAAAUCUUUUCACAGAUAUACUCAAGAAAGCAAGCACAUUCAUUUAGGCGAAUAAAAAAAUUUGGGGUUAGGUGCACUUUAACACUUUUAGUUGGUGUUAAAGUACCCGAAAAAACGAGUAACAGAACACUACAAAUUGUGUAAUAUUACUCUGUGUUAUUAGUAUACUCUAACACCGAUAGGUGUGUUUAAUUCUAUAAGUUUAUUAGUGUAAAAUUACCUUUACUAUGGUAUACAUUUACGCUGUAAAAACGGGUAAAAUGUACACCGUGCCCUGCGUGUAAUGUUACAAUAAAAAAAAAUUGUAAAAGUAUACCUUUAACUGUGUAAUAUUAUCAUGUUAAGAGUUCCAGCUCUUUUACACUAAAGUUUGCGUAAAAUUACCCGACAUAAAGCGUAACACAACACUGACAAUUCUGUGUAACGCUUUACUCGUUAAAAAGUGUAAUAUUACAAAUUUUCCUUUGUAACAUUACACUUUAAUUUUAAGUGUGUGGCCUUUGCGUUAGCGCUGCAGUGCUCUACCAUUUGAGCUAUGAAGACCCAUAUAUUGGGAGCAGGCCAAUUUGUUUAGUUCACCUUCACCGGUGAAAGGAAUGAAACAUGAAAGACGAUGUGAACUGCCGAAGUACAAAUUUUAUGAAGAUAUGAUCGUCGAAGUGGUAGUUGCAAUUUAGGCAAUAACAAAUAAACCCGAAAAAAAAAAACCGUUUUUAGGUUAAACAGCUCUGUCAACGAUAAUCUUCGAUCGGGCCCUUCUUUUUUUAGCAAGCACGACGAGCCCGCAGUCGUUUGCUUGAUUAAACUUUGCAAACAUUUUUGCCAUGCAUCUCUACACUCAGUUUCAUUAGUUUGUCAACUGAGUCGAACAUACGCGGUUACGUAACAUCUGCAUCUUAAUUCUGAACGUGUCAUAAAGAUUCAUUUUGUUGGUUUUCUUUCAGAGAGUUUGCAUUGUCGAGUCUUAAAGCUGGUGCUAAGGACAUCCUUGUGGCCACUGAUGUAGCCGGUCGUGGUAUUGACAUCAAGUAAGUUUCAUGAUAAACAGUUUGAUUUCUUUGUUUUCUUGUUUUUGUUGUCUCCAGGCCUGAAGAUGAUUUUCUUAAACUCAUUUUCAAACCCAACCUGGAGACCGGUUAAUCGGAGAGAACCCUGGGAACGGGGUUGAUGGUCAAACUUCUGAAGUUUUUUUUUUCUUCACUAAAUGUGUGUUUUAUAGCGCAAGUAAAAUCUCUCAAAGUUGAUUUCUUCAUGUCAUUUCUCUUCCAGGGAUGUUUCACUUGUUCUUAACUAUGACAUGGCCAAGUCAAUCGAAGGUAAGUGAUGAGUUUAACAUUGAAACCUUAAGCUUAAAGUAAAAGUAAUUCAUCGAGACGAACGGUGUUGAUAAUCGUAUCUUACGAUAUACAAACUUUAUUAAGUACGGGGUUAACCAGUAUGUGAUGCGUUUAAUUUUGUCUCAUUUCUUCAUCCAUGGAUUGUACACUUUUGGUUUUAUGUACUAUAUUAUUGUAAUUCUUUGACAAUUUUGAAAGAUUAUUUUGAUGUUUCAGUCAAAUUAUGUCUAUUCCGUGAGUGCUGGAAUAGACCUUAUUCACGAUACGCGCCAUCACACGAGCGAAAGGAUUUAUGGGAUAAAGGAAAUAUCGUGUGGUUUCUAAGGAGGCAAAAAAACUUAUUAAAAGCUGUCCAUAAAAGAAAUCGCAGCCGAGUUUGUUUAUUCCCUCAGAUAAGAAACCACGUGACAUCCCAUUCCAUCAACCUUGCGCGCUUCCAAAGGUGGCGGGUAUUAUGAAGAAGGUCUAUUGCCUAAAUUUACGGAAGCCACCAGAUAGCCAGUGCCCUAUGGCUGCUAACAUGUCAUUGUUUUCAUUUUUUAUCAGGCUACACUCAUCGUAUUGGUAGAACCGGUCGAGCAGGAAAAACCGGUGUUGCCAUCACGUUUUUGACCCAGGAGGACUCAGCAGUGUUUUAUGACCUCAAGCAGACAUUAUUAGCGAGUCCCGUACGUACAAUGCUUUUAAUUUUACAGAGCGUCAAAAAACCCAUUUUUCCACUCACUGAAAGUUGAUUCGACUAUAACUAACUGAUUUAUGUUCUUGCAAAUCUUGUAAAUUGUUUAUGAAUUUUAUUGUUCAUAUCUGAGUCUGAAUUGGGUUAAAAUGUUUAUUCUUGUUUGCCCAAAAUUUAACAUUUAAUUUAAAAUAUUUGGUUAUAAGGGUUAUAGUGUGUUAGGCGAAAAUUGAGUGUUACAGGGCCAAUGUAGUGCUCUAAAUCUUUAACCAGGCGCUAGUUAAGUAUCAGACUAAUUUUCGUAUUUACUAUUAUUUUAUGUAUAAGCGAAUGGAUUCUUAGUCGUGCUAUGGCGAAUAACAAGCAAAAAACACUAACAUGAACAGUUGUCAGCGGUUAUGACAUGGGGGAGGGGUAUAUUGUCUUUAGUAAAUGACUUAUUUCUGUAUCGUUUAUAGGUGAGCCACUGUCCUCCGGAGCUUGAUAAACAUCCUGAUGCACAGCACAAACCUGGCACAGUGCUUACAAAGAAGAGAAAGGAAGAAACUAUUUUUGUAUAAAUACCUAAAUAAAUCCAGUAUUCGCAAGGCCGGAAGCCGCUUUUUAUGGCCGUGAAAAUAGUAAAACAGUCAAGGGUAUAAAGCUAUGAAGAAAAUAAACAAAAUUUUGAAAUAUUUAUUAGUGAUAUCUUUUAAAACCUUUUCAGAGCAUGAAUGAGUAACUAAUGCAUUAUUCUUUAUUCUUGACAUGCUAGCGUCGGAGCCUCCAACCGCGUCUGACUGAAACAAGGAGUUUGGCUGGGCUGAAUUUUAGACGUCUCAGCAGUCAAGGUUUUAUAGAACUUGCCCCUGUUGAUUUUUCAAGCCAUCUUUUUCUAGCCUGUUCCAGGCUCUUACGGUGAUGUUACACGGAACGAUUCGUAGCGACGAUUUUUAGCGCAACACAGCAUUACAACAUUGUUGCGACGUUGUUUCGAAUAGUUGCAACAUUGCAACGCAGUGUUGCGCUAAAAGUUGUCGUUGCGAAUCGUCUCGUGUAACAUUACCUUAAGAUAGUAGUAGCCUGCGUAGCAGGCGCUUGGAAGUAAUUGGGCGCAAGAAAGAACGGGGCGCGCGAGGGAGACACGCGAGGGGAGAGGGUGUCUCCCUCGCGCGCCCAGUUCUUUCCAGCUCCCAAUUACUUCCAAGCGCCUGCUACACAGGCUUAGAUAGAAGGGUUGACG